GUAAAAUAACAACGGGCAAUUAGGUAUAGACAUAGCAAUACUGCCUGUCUGCCUACAUCUCCUCUCCACUCCUUCCCUCCUGACCUUACAGCUGCGAUUCCGAUGGCAGCCAUAACCCGCUUCGUGAAACGCACAACACCCUUUUAUUCCUUAGCGCGUGGAUUCUCUUCCACUAAUUCUCACGCGCCUCCGCGUGAAAAUAGGAAUAUUCAAUGGGUUUUCUUGGGUUGUCCCGGCGUCGGUAAAGGCACCUACGCCAGCCGUCUCUGUAACCUCCUCGGCGUCCCGCACAUCGCCACCGGUGAUCUCGUUCGUCAUGAGCUUUCCUCCAAGGGCCCCCUUUCUUCAAAGCUAUCAGAAAUUGUAAAUCAGGGUCAAUUAGUGUCGGAUGAAAUCAUUAUAAACUUGUUGUCAAAGAGACUGGCUGAUGGGCAAGCUAAAGGCGAAUCAGGUUUCAUUCUUGACGGUUUUCCUCGAACAAUAAACCAAGCAGAAAUAUUGGAAGGGGUGACUGACAUUGACUUGGUGGUCAAUCUGAAGAUCCGAGAAGAAGUACUGCUUGCAAAAUGCCUUGGUAGGAGAACUUGCAGUCAGUGUGGAGGAAAUUUUAACGUUGCUUCCAUUAAUAUCAAGGGUGAGAAUGGUUGUCCUGGAAUGAGUAUGGCUCCACUUCUUCCUCCUGAGCAUUGUAUGUCUAAGCUCAUUACUCGUUCUGAUGAUACUGAACCCAUAGUCAAAGAAAGGCUUCGUGUAUACAAUGAAUUGAGUCAACCUGUGGAGGGGUUUUACCGUAGCAGAGGAAAACUAUUAGAGUUUGAGCUUCCAGGAGGGAUCCCGGAAUCUUGGCCAAAGUUGCUGCAAGCGCUUAAUCUAGAUGAUUAUGAAGAGAAGCAGUCUGUGGCAGCAUAAGAUAUAAACGCGUUUAAUAUAACUAAGUAUUUCAUUCUUUGCAUGUGGAUUCUGCAUGCUAUGCAAUUUUGCAGGAAAUAGAACCAAUGAAGGUUGGCUUCCUCUCGAAUUCGUAUUAUUUGAAUAAUAAUGAUGAUAUCAGGAAGUUUCAUAAUCUGAUUACACUUAUACCCUAUUUGUAUUUCCAUACUUUGAUUUCAGUUAUAUCUGUCUGAAGAAAAAUUCUGACAUAGUUGUUGCAUAGAUGUUUCCUGUUUGGCAAUAAGUUUCAUCGGGAUUGGCACAUGAUUUCCGUGUUUAGUGUUAUAACUUGUAUUUAAAUAUAUUGAACUAAUGUUUUGUAUUAUUGCUUCAGAUAUUUAUGGAAGUCCUGAUUACACAAUA